GUUUUGCAUCAGUGAGCCUUGACUUGGGACUGUGGACUGGCUUCUGUCAUUGUGUGUGCAGAAGAGAAAAAAAGAGGGUAAGAGUUUUCUCGGAUUUCGGCAACAUUUUUCUAACGGGAGCCGGGAAAAGUGCUCAAAUUCACUCGGAUCAGCAAAUUGUUUGUAAAACACUACCACCACCACCACCAUGGAGCAAGUGCUGCAGAACUCACUCAUUUCGGCCGCCGUGCAGCUUGAGAAGCAACUGGAUGGCGAGUUGGCCCGGCUGGACAGCCUCGGUGGCGAAGACCUGGAGAAGCUGCGCGAGCAGCGCAUCGCCGAGCUCAAAAAGCAGUCGGCCCAACGGCAAGAGUGGAAGAACAAUGGUCACGGCGAGUACCAGGAGCUCGCGGACGAGAAGGAGUUCUUCGAGGUGAGCAAGAAGUCCGCCAACAUCGUGUGCCACUUCUACCGCGACUCGACGCCCCGCUGCCGGAUCGUGGACAUGCACCUGAAGAUCCUGGCCGGGCGCCACCUCGAGGCCAAGUUCUGCAAGGUGAACGCGGAAAAGUGUCCCUUUCUGACGCAGCGGCUGCGCAUCAAGGUGAUCCCCAGCAUAGCGCUCAUCAAGGACAGCAAAACCAAGGACUACAUUGUGGGCUUCACCGAUCUGGGCAACUGCGACGACUUUAGCACGGAGAUGCUCGAGUGGCGGAUCGCGCAGUCCGGCGCGAUCGAGUACAAUGGUGACCUGCUGACGCCCCCCGAUGACAAGAAGAAGAAGAAGUCGACGUACGCGGCGAAAAAGACCAUCCGCGGCGGUUACGACUCGGACGAUUCCGAUAUCGACUUUGACGAUUAGAGAGAGAGAGAGAGAAAUUGCGAGUAGAAGCAUGCACGAAGAAAUCAAACUGCUCUGGUAGCAACUAGAAACAAGUGGAAGGGACGAUUUUGGAUCGCGACCGUGUAGUGUUAGUGUAGUUUUUAAGGAUCUCUAAUUUUGAAAACAAUCGAUUCAAAUCGCUAAAAAACACGCUCUACGAGCGCAUAAUUUCACGCACGACUCAGCAGCAUACUCAACUUUUUCUCCCAAUGCCGGCUAACCCUUUUCUUGUGAGUUUUGUUUAAUUUUAAUCGCUAUGUUUUUUCAACCGCCCCAUUUUUGUAAUCUAACAAGGCACUAGAAUAAAUUGUAUAAGUGUACUUUAGUGUGUCGUCCCAACUCGAAUGUAGCCAACAUAUCCUUUGCUACCUCUCCUCGUGACCAUCCCUCCUCUUUCGCACUAGAGAACCGGUUUGUGGCUUAAACUCUUUGUCCGCUAAAAUCAAAUGUUCUUUUCUAAAUUGUAGUAAACACGUCGAUACAAAAAUGUAACAAACCUGACACAGUAUUUGCGAGCUCUACAGUAGGGAAAUUUUACAAACAAAAAAAGACACCUUUUAGAACAAGCGAAAAACUAUAAUAUCGAACUCUCUAGCGUGUUACAUCCGUUUCUUAACGAAUUUAUUCACACACACACACACACUCUGGUAGACCCCGUUGUACGUUCGUUCUCUCUGACACUCCUUAGCCGUUUAACGUUAAAAUAACUAAAUAUACAAUGAAAGAAGAAGGGUUUGAACGAGUGCACGAGCUUGCAUAACACUACUUAACUUUUCUACGACAAAGUUGAAACGCAUGCGAGCGAGAUAGAUUUUGGCAUAAGCUAACGCAGGAAUUAUUAAGAUGAACAGCAAAAAAAA